GAGUCACUGACAGGGCAGCAGUGUGUGCACAGGAGACGUCAGCACUCACCCCCUGCAUUGAAGAGCAUUGCCGGAACCAGGGAGCCAGAGCCAGGAUGUGCAGCAAAUGUCACAAAGAAGAGCAGCCCGUUGUAGCAGGACAAAUGUUGCACAGGAGGAUGCUGCUGCUACUACAGUCCCAUCCAGGCCACACCUUAGUCCGCAAAUGCGCACAGGACAACCAACAUCCAGCCGCAAACAAGUGGCGUUGAAAAGACCACGCCCAGAUCUCCCGAUGCCCACAUCUGCAUCUCCCCCUCACAGACACAUCUCUACUGUGUCCUCAAGGCCACCAUCAGAUUUACUAGCACCUUCCCCAACACGCGACCCAGAAUCCCCUCAUCUGGCUGAUGAUGACAGCAUGCCCACGGACCAGCACACACUGCAAACUGAUGCCACGUUUGUUCUGGAUCUCCGCCCAUUACAGACAACGCCACCUAGCACAGUACCUGUGGCCACGCCUCCACAACAAACAAGUCCGCAACCAAUAAUGAGCCCAAGUACACCACUGGCUCAAACUGAAGAGCAGACAUUUUGGUCCAGCUGGGCAAACCACCAGAGGCUCAAUUCAGAAUGUCUCCAAAGACAAAAUCAGCUGCUGGCAAGUCUGCCACAUUACAUGCCACGCAUAAGUAGAAAUCUCAGCAGAGAACAUUUGGAAACCAGACGUGUGGCGACUUGUCUGGAGCAAAUGCGGGCAGAAAACAGCACCAUGAUGACCACUUUACAGCGAAUUAUGGAUGACCAAAUGAGGCUACACCAAAACUACCAGCAUCUCCUUGAAAGGAACAAUAAAUAGCCUUACAGAAAGCCUGGGUAGAAUUAUAGACAAUAACACGGCCUCCAAUAAUCAAUUAAAUGCUACACUCAGUAACCUAAGCCACAACAUAAGUAUUUUACACUCCCAACAAGUGAGCACUAGCUCAGGAACUAAAACCCCAAUAAAUACCCCAGUGACCUCCCCAAUAAGGAGGUCAAGCAGAUCACGAGCUCAUGUACCUGGCCCCGCCUCUGAAGCCUCCAAGGCUACAUGAAAAAAAUAAAGCCAGCCUCUGCAUAUGGCAGAUGCGUAAGUGGGGUUAACAAUGUCUGUUGACGUUUGCAAUGUACACACUUUACACUUUAAUAAACAAA